AGCAUUUUGCCGCCCGUUGUAGUUAGGAGAGAGAUCUCUCCCGCCUAGGACGGUGUUGUCUGGAAAGAAAAAAAAACGGUUCCGACACGACCGAGUAAAGAAGAAUCUGUUCAAGAGAACUGGGUUCAAAGUUUUUUGAACACCACCAUUGCCUCACAUAUAUAGAGAGCUCAUUGUUUUACGAUGAGCUUCACCCCGUUUGGCGGCUUUCCGACGACGUUGGCAACGAUCCCACAUUUCGCCGUUGGGAAAUUUCAGCAGGCCCAGGAUCAAGGGUUUGUUUCAAUUCCUUCAUCCCAGGGUCUCCAGAUAGCUGUCAGCACAGUGGAUCCAUCACAGUUAAAUCAUCACAACCUCAAUGGACAUGUCCAUGUUCCAACGUCUAGCACCCUCCAGAUCCAGAAUCAAAUGCUCAACACAUUGUUGAGCAAAACUGGUCAAAAUGAUGUGUUUGUAAAAGUGGAAACAGAGGCUGAGGAGAACGAAAGGUUUCAACAGCAGCAUCAUCAAGACAAAACAAGUGCCCAACAGGACAUUAGUAGUUUAAAUGAAUACCUGUCCCGGUUUUCUGGACCGCCCACAUUCCCUUUCCAGCAGAUGUACAAAUAUCCUACCGAGCUCAUACAUGUCACUCAGAUUGAAGAUCAGCAACAACAGCAGCAGAAUAUGAUGAGUGACAACUCUCCAUCUGUCCAAACUCCUGAGCAACAACAACAACAACAGCCUCAGGCACCAAAGAAAGCAAAAAAAAAGAAAAAGAGGCGAGAUCCCAUUCCCGGAUUGCCUACUCCUAGAAGAAGGAGCACGAGCUUACAACCAGCUUUGACAACGGCAUUGGAUGGAAGUACACUUUACGGAUGUCCUCAGUGCCACACGGUCUUCAAUAACCGCGAAGCUAUCGAGACCCAUCUUACGAUACACCGGUCCGAAAGACCGUUUAUCUGCAAUGACUGUGGUGCGGCCUUAAAACGUAAAGAACAUUUAGAUAGACACAGGUCUUCGCACAUGACUGAACGUCCACACCCGUGCCCUGUUUGUAGCAAGACAUUCAAACGAAUCGAACACUUGCAACGGCACUCAAUCAUUCAUCGAACUGAUAAAGUGCAUCGAUGCUCCGAAUGUGGUAAAGGUUUUAAUCGUAAGGAUCACCUGACCAAGCACAUUCACUCCCAUCUGGCCAAGAGAAUUAAGCAAGAGCUUGGCCAGCAGCCAGGGAAAGGCGGACAGCAGCAAGGGCAACAGAACAAUGACAACAAUUCCACCAUCAACAUUCAACAGCAUCAGAGCGUAUUGGCGCAUUUGCAUUAAUUUUUACGCCUGAGAAGAAACAAACCUCUCGCAGUUUCGGUGAUCGGUUGCCUCACAGUAUUCAAAAGUGACUAAUAUGCUUUUUUUUUUUUUUUUUCAAUAAUCCCUUUGAAACAAGUUAGAUCGUUUUUGUGUUAUUCCCUGUGUUUUUAUGUCAUGUUCAUAACUAGUGCCGGGAACGAGGAACAUACUUUGAUGCGACUAAAUUUCGGGUCGUGGACACUUGCCGUUAUUGUUACUGACCGACAAGUGAAGUGAAUAAUCCUUUAAAAAAGUACUGCUAGUCUAGCACACAUAUACAUGUAAGCUUCCAUUGAUUUUGCAAAAUUGAAGCGAGAAUGAAGAAGCUGGACUUAAGAAAACAUUCAGGGACCAAAAUUGGAAAUCACACACAUGCGUUACUUAUAUACGAGUGUUUUUCGAGCGCGUUGGCAUAAUACUCCUUUUGCUUUUUGUCCUUUUGUGUUGCAGAAACAGCGAGAAAGUUGGCAAGAAUUUUUCGUUUGGUUUUUUCUUUGUUGUAUUGAGAACGCGUUUGAAGCGCGGUCUUCGCCAUUGUACUUUCCUGUUGUGCCACACUUGUCCCACUUCCCCUCAUAUUUUUCUUUCCUUCAUCUGCAAAAUGAUCUUUUUUGGUAAAGUCAAUGUGUCGAAAAUGUAUCCUUACACUCAUUUCUCACAGUGAACGUGUAUGCACGUGCCCGUGUAUUUUUUUUUCCAUCCAAUUUCGUGUGUGUAUUGCCAAGUUAGCAAGAGACAGCUGAAAUAUACGUGUCACAGUUUGUAAAAUAA